AGGACUACACCCAAGCGCCUGUCCGAUUGCAGCGGCUUCUCUUCAUUGCUUAGACCAGAAGAAAGCCUAGACGUGACGGAGUCGGGGGGGUUCUGCUUGCUGGAGGCCCGUUAAACCACUGAUAAAUACAGCUUCAUCACUGCUUCGUUUGUGACCUAACUUGACCCUACGUGCUUUUCAUCUUUGAACUAAUCUCACAAACAUGUCCUGGCAAACCUACGUGGACAGCCUGCAGCAGGAUGGCAACUGCCAGGACGCGGCCAUUGUUGGGUACACGGACGCCAAAUACGUCUGGGCAUCAAGUGCCGGCGGUACUUUCGCCAAUAUGACGCCUGAGGAAAUUGACCUGUUAAUAGGAAAGGACCGGACUGCAUUCUUCACCAGUGGGAUAACCUUAGGCCAUAAGAAGUGCUCCGUAAUCAGAGACAGCCUCCAUAUUGAGAACGAUUGGACAAUGGACAUCCGGACAAAGAGUCAAGGAGGAGAGCCAACAUACAACGUUUCCGUAGGCAAAGCCACCAAAGCAUUGGUUUUUGUCAUGGGGAAGGAAGGUGUCCAUGGAGGGCAGCUCAACAAGAAAGCAUAUACUAUGGCUGACUACCUGAGGAGGUCCGGAUACUAAAGCAGCCUGUACCCAGCCACCUAGCAGCUCACCCUUACCACCCUGUUGCAUUUCACACUACUUCAGUCCUAGUUGGUAGUUUCUUUGUUUUUUCUUUUUCUGCCUUCUCUCCUCCCCAUUUGUUAUCCCAUAUUUUGUUAUCCCCCCCACCCCCUUUCCCCCUCAGCACACUUGUGCUGUGUACGCUUAACCCCUUAAGCACUAUAAGUUGAUCCAUAGCAAAGAAGAGCAUGUUGCUAACAGGAUGUCAUGACAAAUCUGUAAUUAACAAAGACCAGCUGAAAAAAGAAAAAAAAAUCUGGCCAAACACUAAAUAAGAGCUUUACUGUCAAUUUGAAUAGAUAUUUCUUUCUUUUCUCUGUCAUUGUGCCCACUUUUUAAUCUCUCCCAAACCCCGAUCAUACACACUCCCUCCCCGAGCAGCCGAUGACUUAAGCACUUGGGCGGCAACUAAGCUCGUCAUGUCGUCCUGUUUAAUUUCCACCAUCAUGUGUGGAAGGGGAGACUACGAACGUCGGUCCACUGUUGUUUCCCCUUCCACCAACACUGCCCCCCUUCACACUCCCUCCUGCCAAAAAAUGUUAAGAUCCACCUCUUUCCCUGUUUCCCCAUCCUGUUUACUCAAAGCAGGCAACACUACAAACCUCGCAGGAGACUUGUAUUCAUCAAACACUAAACAUCAACCAACCAGUCCCUUAACCCCUCUCCUUUCAGAUCCACUGCUCUGUCCUGAAUACAUUUUAUGAAAGGGGGAAGGCACACGUGGGUGCGUGUGUCUUUGUGUGUGUGUGUGCGCGCGGGGAGGUCGCUCAGUUGACAAUCAUGAGCCGGAUCUGCGAGCAUUGGUGUCGUCCAACAGCUGGUAGCCUCUCCUCCCCAGCUACAAGAGAACCCCAUGGACAUUCCACAGUAACCAAGGCUCAGGCACUUAAUACUGUUUUGUUUGCCAGCUCCUGUAAUAUAAUUUUUUUUUUUUUUUUUUUUUUUUUUUUUUUUUUUUUUUUUUUUUUUUGAAAGGCUGCCAUUUCUGGACAGUAGAUUUCCAAGCAUAUAACCAUCUGGAGCAUGUCCAGUUAGAAUUUUUUUUUUUUUCUUUUUUUUUUUAUAGGACCAAGUGUAGUCGAAGCUCGGUUGUUUAUACGAUUGCUCAAAAUCAUGUGAAGAUGACUGCUAACCUUUUCCUGAUGAAGUAAUACUUACCAUGGUUAAAAAAUAUGAAGUUACAGGGGAGGUAAGGGUGGGAGUAUAUGAAAAAAAAUUCUCACUUUUUUUUUUUUUUUUCCUUUUUUUUUUGUCUUAAGAAAACAAACAACUGCAUUUGUACAAACCCAUGCUGUGUUGACAACUACAAAACUGUGGAAUAAAUUGCCUUUUACUCUUUAGUCAGCUGAGCUCUGGGGUAUCACACGGUCUGUCAGCGUUCAGUACCGCUAACUGUAACGUCCAACUGACAAAAAUAAACCUUUCAAAAGUAGAAAUGACACUCGAUGGGAGAUGGGAUUGGUUGGAACAAAGACUCUUAUUAUGGUUGUCUUGUUGAAACUUAACUGCAGAACCUGUGUAUCCUGUGCCAUAAUAGAGAUCUGUUGCUGUUGCAAGAUGGAUUUUACCCACUGUCCACUUAAGAGUCAUUUCAUUGGCACUUUUUUCUAUUUAAGCUUCAGCUCCACUGUUUAGGCCUUGUGGGAUAUGUGUACACAUAAAAACAAAAAAAGUUUCAAGUCCUGUUUGCUGAUUUAUGUUAAUUUCCUUUUUCUUCACCACUUUUUUUCUAUUUAAUGCAUCUGAUUUCAUAUGCAUAAAACCAAGAAAUGCCAUAAAUUGAUUUAUCACCUUGUUUACAGACAGAUCAAAUAAAUUUAUUCCAACCAGAUAAAUGUUUGCUGUCCCUUUUU